ACAAAACGCCCCCUCCCUCCCUCACCUUGGGAGAUGUUGCCGUCUGUGGAUGACAGCAGACCUGCAGGACCGAAGCAAGUGGCCGUGCGAGUCUUUUAGAAAGUAGAUAAGGGAGAAAAAAAGCGUCAUAUCUAGUGAAGUGGGCUACUUUGUUAGCUUUGCUCCGUGGUGUAGUGCUUCAGCGUCGGUUCGGUCAUUUUUAAGCCACGAAGCUUUAGCCAAGAGAGCAAGAAGGCGAAGCUAAGGGUAUUAGUUUCAACUCAAUCCAGAACCGGCUUUUGUUCCCCCCUCUCCUCUCCAGUAACAGUAUCGAUAUCACUCGGAUGCAAUGACAGACACAGUUGUGGACAGCAAGACGGAGGUUAAACAGGGCACGAAAUAUGUCAAGGAGACCGAAAACGUUGCGGAAAAAUAUUCCGUGUUGACUGUCAGCAAAAACAGCAGUGAUGUGAAUAUGAACGUUGGAGAAAUGACUUCCGCAGCGUUCACCGCAGUCCCCACACUGAAAUCCGUCAAGAAGAUCCAGUUUGCGAAUGCAGAGGACAAACAGGAAUUCAGCAAGUAUCCGACCAAGGCAGGGCGCCGCUCGCUGUCACGGUCCAUCUCGCAGUCCUCCACAGACAGCUACAGCUCAGCUGCAUCCUACACUGACAGCUCCGAUGAUGAAACUUCUCCCCGGGACAAAGCCCAGGUCAACACCCACGGCAGCAGCGACUUCUGCGUGAAGAACAUCAAACAAGCUGAAUUUGGGCGCCGAGAAAUUGAAAUUGCAGAACAAGACAUGUCUGCCCUGAUCUCCUUGAGGAAGAGAGCCCAGGGGGAGAAGCCACUGGCUGGGGCGAAGAUAGUAGGCUGUACCCAUAUCACUGCUCAGACAGCGGUCCUGAUUGAAACUCUGGUAGCACUUGGGGCCCAGUGUCGCUGGACUGCUUGUAACAUUUACUCCACUCAAAAUGAGGUGGCUGCUGCUCUUGCAGAGACGGGGGUACCUGUGUUUGCAUGGAAGGGUGAAUCAGAGGACGACUUCUGGUGGUGUAUCGAUCGCUGUGUCAACACUGAAGGCUGGCAGGCCAAUAUGAUCCUGGAUGAUGGUGGAGACUUAACCCACUGGGUCUACAAGAAGUAUCCCAGCGUCUUCAAAAAAGCCAGGGGCAUUGUGGAGGAGAGUGUCACUGGUGUUCACAGACUGUACCAGCUGUCUAAGGCUGGCAAGCUGUGUGUGCCCGCCAUGAACGUGAACGACUCGGUUACCAAGCAGAAAUUCGACAACCUUUACUGCUGCCGUGAAUCUAUCCUCGAUGGCUUGAAGAGAACUACAGAUAUUAUGUUUGGAGGCAAACAAGUGGUUGUGUGUGGGUAUGGAGAGGUGGGGAAAGGCUGCUGCACUGCUCUCAAAGCUCUCGGAGCCAUUGUGUGCAUCACAGAGAUCGACCCCAUCUGUGCCCUGCAAGCAUGCAUGGACGGUUUCCGAGUGGUCAAGCUGAGCGAGGUCAUUCGGCAGAUGGACGUGGUGAUAACUUGCACUGGCAACAAGAAUGUCGUCACCAGAGAACAGCUUGACCGAAUGAAGAAUGGCUGCAUCGUCUGCAAUAUGGGACACUCCAAUACUGAGAUCGAUGUGGUAAACUUCAAACAAAUAACCCCACAAAUACCCAAUGGAUUUAAAAAGCUUCUUAAGCAUGGUUACUUAGAAUAAACAGUAGGGGAGCUUAAAUAAGUGAAAGUGAAAGGUUAACAUGUGUGAAAAUUCAGGCACUAAAUGACAAGUAAAACACAGAAAGGAGCCUGUAAACAAAAAAACAUCCUGUUCUCUGUGUUGUUAAAUUUUCAGUCAAAAAUGAAAUUUGAAAAUGAUCAAAAGUGACUUAAUUUGUUUUUCCUCAUUGAAUCUCCUGUGGCUUUAAUAUCUCAAUUUAAACAUCCAUAAGUAACAUCUCUGUGUGCCCCUUUGAUCCAAAACAUACAGUAAAGAUUGCAAGUUUUUGGACUAUGACACAGUUUUUGUAGUUUUGCCUCUGUUCACUAUCGAUGCAGGAAAUGUAUAAAAACUAUUUUUAUACACACUUCAACAUUUUCAGAGGCUCAAAAGUAAUCUGACACACUGAAAAAAUGUAAAUAUAAUGAUUUUUUAAAUACUUGGAUUAAAAUCCUUUGGAGUCAAUGACAGCCUGAAGUGAACACAUUAACAUCACCAAAUGUGUGUGUUUCUUAUUUGACAUGCUCUGCUAGGCCUCAUUCAAGUUGCUGCUUGUUUGUGGGUCUCUCUUAGGUUUUGUAUUCAGUAACUGAACACAAAACUGGCUCUGCUGGUGAGUGACUUGGCCAUUGAAGAAUUUCCCAUUUCUUUAAAUUGAGAAACUCUUUGGUAGUUUUUGCAGCAUUCUUUGGGACAUCAAAGAAUUUGCUCAAUCAGUUUUGCAACAUUUGGUUGAAUCUGAGCAGAAAGUAUAUCCCUAUAUACAAUUAAUCCUGCGACUUCUAUCAAUCACAACAACAACAACAAACAUUAGUGACCCAGUUCCACUGGCAGGCAGCCAUGCAUACCCAUCCCAUAACCCUGUUGCCACCAUGUUCGAAGGUUAGUAUGGUUUUGGAAUUAUGAACUUUUUCUCUCCUUCUUCAGACUUUUCUUUUCCCAUCAUUCUGGUACGAGUUCAUCUAGGUUUCAUACACCCAAAGAUGUUUUUUCCAGAACUGCGCAGGCUCUUUUUAGAUGUUUUCUGGUCUAAUCUGGUCUUCCUCAUUCUCGAGUGUCACCAGUGGUUUGCACCUGGUUGUGAACACUGUAUUUACAUUCAUAAAGGUGUUUCUUGAUUGUAGAUUUUGACAAUAACACAGCUACCUCCUUGAGAGUGAUUUUCACUUGGUUAGUUGUUUCCUGUAAUCUUUCAGGCCUUUUGCUGUCACUGAGGUGACCAGUGCAUUCACUGAGACUGUUGAUCUGGUGACUGCUGUAAUAUUUGCUCUUUCUCUGAUACAUUUGUUUAAGUUUUUCAGCUUUCACCUUCUGCAACGACAUCGAGUCGAGAGCAUGAAAAGUUAACCAAUAGAAGUUCAACACUAAUAAAAAGGGAA